AUGUCGUAUAUUAGCCCCGACCUACGGAAUGCCCUCGUCGAUGAAUAUGCGAAUGAGAAGCCCCCAACCGACGGGGAGGUGUACCGCAAGAUCCGUCAAUACCAACACGAAAGCAACGCGCUCUUUCAAAAUCGCUGGUGGUCCCGGCUAUCGCCGAACAAAGCCAAGCGGUUACGGCGGCUCACGUCCCCGGACAAUACCUACCUCUGCGCCGCGUUUGAUGCGUUGCUGGCAAUCCCAGGGCUCUGGAAUGGGAUGAGCCUGGGCUCCUUGAACACCGUGAUGGCGCUGAAGUGUGACGAAGAGGUGAUUCACUACUUGAAGCAUGUGAAGGAUUUUUGGGCGACACUGGUCAACCAUGACCGUGCUCAGAUGGCCCGAAUCGACCUACAUACGGUAGACACACUGCAACUGUAUGCCCCUCGGGCGUCUGCAGUUGAUCGGAAGAUCGUGAAAGGCAAAAUCCUCACCGGGGAAGUGUUUUGCAACUUCAGCCGCUCGGAACGUGCCGCGAUCUGGGGGCGCCUACGGUCGCACGAGACGUGCGAGGGCAUCAUCCCGUCCCUCCAUACCUUUUUCCGCGACGUGUUGUACUUGGAAGUCUGUGCCAAUGCUGUCAAACGGCUGGUUGCUUUGAACAAGCAGCACCCUACCAUUCGGCGCGCACUAGUGCACAGUUUUCGACCCGGCCCCGCUGACCCAGAUUGUCUCAUCCAGACGUCUGAAACCACGUUUCGCCGACAGCCGGGGUCUAACGACGAACGACUGUCGUUGGCUUACCGCCAGAUCUGGCUGUAUGCUAUGCGACAUUACCCGGACAUGGCCAAGAAUAUCCGGGGCGGCCAGGCUGCCAACCCGGCCCGGGCCAAGGCGCGAGCGAAGGCGGACGAGAGCGUGAUUCAUGAUAUGGCUACUCUUGCUCGGAAGCUGGGCUUUCGGACCACGCAGAUUAACGCAAUCCUCCAGCAAUCGCCUGACCGGCAGAUCGCUCGGGCCGCGCUGCUCAAAGCUCGGAAGCCUGAUCACUUCCACUACGACCGGGAAACCUUCGAGUCUCUGAUCGAGCAGAUUGCUAGUUGUUUUGCUCGCGCUAUUCCGAACGAAGGCCCGCCAAUGACACUUACCGCUGGCCGGGCGAUAAAAUUGAAAGACCGAUAUGGAAUUCCUCCGGAACAUGCUCAGCCGCUGGACCGCCCGCAUCUCUUCUUGGACCAGCUACAUUCGGCAACGUCGAUGCAAAGGAACUUGUCGUCCUUAGAAGUCAGACGGAGCGUAUACUACGCCUUUUUCGGCAAGCCAUCCUCCCAAACAUAUAUGCCUCACACUCCGCCAGCAUGGUCAUCGGCCAGCGAGCCUUCUUCGCCCUUGUUUGUUCCGCGUAACAAUACACCCGCAGACGAACCGUUCGCUGAGGAUAUGUCGAUAAGCGGUCUGAGUGAAAGGCCAUCAAGUAGCCGUCAGGGGCUGUCGGAAACUCGCGAACACCAACCGGAAGGGCGGCGGCAGGGUCAACAGCCUUCGUGGCCGCCGACAGCAAUGCACAGUCCGUCUCAGGCCAGAGAGCUGUCUCCAGAUAGCUCCGCAGGAAGGGGAUCUCCUCCCGCUGCGGGUGGGACUACCGACCAUUGGGAUAGCCCUGACGCGGAAGAUCAGCCAGCCACGAACGAAAGAAGAGAGGGCGGGGCGGGAGAGGAUGACUGCACAGAAAUAGACGAAAACGAGAUUUUGCCCCGAGCGGAGGGGGAGGAUUCUACGGCAAGGGAUCUCUCUGCGGUUGAGACGUCGAUUCCUGGAGAACCAGUGGAGGGGGGUGUAUGGGAGGGGUUAGAAGAGAGGACAGUUGGGGACGAUACAGGCUCAAGCGGAGCAGUGCAGGCCUCUUCGCCACUACGAUCGUCACGCACGUCAAGAACCCAGCCCAGAAUACGCAGGAACCGGAAUGCCAUCUGGCAACCCUAUAAUCCUGCACAGAGAGGCAAUCGCGAUGCGGCCCGGACCGUUGCCCCAGAGGAGGAACGAGUUACCAUCGGUAACACCACCGAGCCGGGCCCAAGCGCAGAGCACUGGCCCAGUCCAGAACCGUUGCAACCAAUCGGGGAACACGCGGGAGUGGAACAGCCAGCCGAAGAACCACAGGCCGUAAACGAGGAUGGCACAUUAACGGGUGGGCCCCAGCGCGACGCUGCUGGAAAUGACGCGCGAGACCUUGCCCAAACGGUGCAGCCAGAACAGCGAAACCGCGAAGGCGACGAACCCGCCUCCUCACAAAUCCCGCCGUCUAAUGGUGCAGAAGGAAUACGCGGGGAGCAAUUGACACAGAGCAAAGAGUCAAUCGCCGAUCAGGUUGAAAAACUUGUCCAGGAAGAGCGACACUCGCAGGAGCAAGCAGAUGCACCAGCACGACUAGAUGCAUCUCGAGCCCAUGCGGUCGCCCGCCGUGUCACCGAAAUUCCGGUGGAUUUGCCCCGUCUCAUCGCACAGUUGCGCCAAGGAAGCCAGCGUGAUACUGGUGUAUCUCCCGCCGAUGCCACAAGCGUUGCGCGCCCUGAAGACGAAGCCUCCCUCCGCCCCUUGCCCCUUGAGCCCAUCGCGCAGAGCACGGAAGAGGGAUGGCCCGGAAGCAAUUUGGACGGUACGAAUCUACGCCGGUCUCCCCAACGGCGUCCGAAGAUCGGUCCGCAGGCACAUCAACCAGAAGGAGCCGCCCGUAAGCUGAGGAAGAAUCAGACAACGCGUCGAGAGGUCAAUCGGGCAGGCGCUCGAGAUGCUGCCAUCGCUGAGGAGCUGUGGGGUAGCGAUGGGGGCGGCGACGAAGCGGGAGGGAUCAUGGCCGAAACGGCUGCGGUCUCUCCCCAGGAUGCUGAGCGAUAUCCCGCCGUUCUGGCCGAUCCAGAGCAGGCCCAACGGGAAGCCAUUGCAAGGCAGGAGGGCGAGGACCUCCUCUUUGAUACUCCGCAUAUUAUGCCAGAGGCGGAGGACACAGAAAUGGACGACUUUGAAGGAGACCGUCCUCCUGCGGUCGCUGCCCGGCGCAACCAGAAGGUCACAAAACCAUCCAAGGUAGUCAAGCCAAAGCAGGCUCAGCCGGGGAGAUCGUCCAAGGCGUCACGAGCCGGUCUGUCCUCCCGGCGACGAGCGGUCGAUGGCGGGGCUCGCGUGCAGGGAGAAGUCACCCAGCUCGAUGCCACCCAGCGGGACAUAACAAACCCCGUCAGCACAGGUGUGAUUGGUAGUAUCAAUCAAAGUCCUGCUAGCGGUUCGUCACCAGGACGGCGCGUGACAAUCACCUUUCGCGCUUACCAGCGAGGGGAAUGGAUGAGGAGGGACGUGGUGUCUGUGGAUUCCGAUCAUCCAGUUGAGGCGCAGGCCAUCGCAGAGCGGUAUGCCCGAGACCCGGAGCAGGAGGUCCAUUUCUAUGAUCGUUCACUACGGAAAGUUGCUGUGGACCAGUGUGUCCGCGCGGCGAUCGACGACGGAAGUUUCACGGUCCUCAUGGGUUUGGGACGGGGCCUCGCAGUGACGCGGAACCUGGUGGCCUCGGUGACAGAAUUGUUCGAGAAUGUUGGAACCGCCGGGCCAGUCAUAGAGGAAGAGGAAGAGGAGUUGUAG